AUAAACACGGCCCGGCGGUGUACUUUACGGGUGCUUGAUUAGCCGUGAAUAGUUGAGACGGGUCAGAAAGUCGGGGAUCACCUCAUUAUGACGCUAAUCGAUUGGAUCAUUAUUCGAUGAGGUCAUUACCUUGUUGUGAUACCAAUCGACUGCGUCACUGUUUACUCGAUGGCGGGUUACCUAAUCGUCUAAUAGUUAGUAUUCUAAGCUUCUUUUGUGUCAUGUUAAUUUGCAGCAUAUCGUCGCGCCUGACUGUCGAGACAUAUCUUGCAGUUCUCUCAAAAUUCCUCCUGGUAUAUUACGGAUGACUGUCAUGAAUGAUCCCCUCGCUUACCCAUGGGCACUUAUAUGUUCCGUACCUGAUGAUAACUUUAUCCCAUCAUUGCGAGAAUUCACUUUAUGGCUUACAAGAACACUGCAAGAAAAAGCAGUGCAAUAUGGAUGUAGCCAUCGUUUCGAUAAAGAACCGAAAGCUGUGUACCGUACAAGCCCUGGAAGUGAGGAGGAAGUUAGGACGAUAUAUAGCACUGUUCAUAGGGAUCAUCCUGAAGUCAUAGUUGUCUUUCAUAUCUUACCGGCACCAAAUUCAAUUGAGUACAAGUUAAUGAAGGAAUUGGCUGACGAGUAUGAUUUGAUACGACAAGGAGUGUUAUUGGAGAAAGCCAUUACUUAUUUUGAAGAAUGUAAUAUUAAUGAAGUACUUGGCAAUAUGCUUCAAUGGUUUAAUCGUUGUAUUUCACGGCUUGUCGCUUUGGAAAAGAAUGCUCGCACAAAAUUCAGUCUACGAAUUGGCGAGGAAGGGAAGCAUACAACGAACAUAGUAUCUUUUCCAAUGAGUAAUGUCACUGCUGCAGUGCGAAAAGUCCUCCAUGGUAAAGACGACGAAAUAUCUCAAAAUAUCAAUGCGAAAGCAAGCGUCGAAGUUUUCGGUUAUCCGACAAGUUUCAAUGAAUUUGAAAUCGCUAGUAUUUUCAAUAAUUUCCGAGUCGUCAGAGUAGUGAAAAGUUUAAUUGAUGGUGCAGUAGUGGAGUUCGUGAAUGAAAUCCAUGCAGUUCAAGCUGGUAUUGAGUAUGAUCGAAGUUGGAUUGAUUCAGUACAUUCAUUGACGGUGACACCCAUUCAUCCAGAAGUAAUGAAAGAAGUGAAGAGAGCACUGCGCGGUGAACAUAUCUCUCGUCAACCAGUCUCACAAUCUCCAGUCCAACUUCCUUUUCAAGAAGUUUGA